CGACAUUUCAAUCGUCAAGAUCUACCGUCUACGCUGUUCUCUGUUUUUCCACUCUUCUCUUCUCUCCUCAGCUACGCCUACGCUGCUACUCUCAAUCUACAAAAGGGGAGAGAGAUAGGGGAAAGUGCAUAGAGAGAGAGAGAGAGAGAAUUGAAGGGAGUUUUGGAGGGAGAGAGAAUGGCGAGUGGAGGAGGAUAUGGUGAUGCGGCGGGGCAGAAGAUAGAUUAUGUGUUCAAGGUGGUGCUGAUCGGAGACUCGGCGGUGGGGAAGUCUCAGAUACUGGCUCGGUUUGCCCGGAACGAGUUUAGUCUCGAUUCAAAGGCUACCAUUGGGGUGGAGUUCCAAACUAGGACUAUGCUCAUCCAACACAAGUCCGUCAAAGCUCAGAUCUGGGACACCGCUGGCCAAGAACGAUAUAGAGCUGUUACGAGUGCCUACUACAGAGGAGCUGUGGGUGCUAUGUUAGUGUACGAUAUAACAAAACGUCAAACCUUUGAUCACAUACCUCGUUGGUUGGAAGAGCUGCGUGCUCAUGCUGAUAAGAACAUAGUGAUCAUGCUAAUCGGGAACAAAACUGAUCUGGAAGACAGGCGCGAUGUUCCCACUGAGGAUGCUAAAGAGUUUGCUCAGAAGGAAGGGUUGUUCUUCUUGGAGACGUCUGCGAUGGAAGCUAAAAACGUGGAGGAAGCAUUCAUGACGGUGCUAACAGAGAUCUUCAACAUUGUGAACAGGAAGAAUCUCGCGGCUGCUGAGAAUCAAGGGAAUGGGAACGCUGCAUCUUUAACCGGCAAGAAGAUUCUUGUGCCUGGCCCUGCGCAAGUCAUCCCAGAGAAGAAGUCUAUGUGCUGUAGUUCCUGAGGGGAUGGUAUGAUUCGUCUUCUUUUGUUUGGCAGGCUCUACGAGAUUCUGAUGAUAGCCAUUCUUCUAAUAUCUGGUUUAUUUUGAUUGUAUAUCUUAAAAUUUUAUAAUUUUUUACAUACUGGUUUUGGGAGGGGGGGAAAUGGUUACAUGUUGUUGAGUGGAUAAACUAGUUGUUACACGGGGUGACCAUAUUGGGUUUCUUCCAUUCUAGGAAGUAUUAUGUUAGUACAUUGUGGAAUGUCUUCAUAUUGUGGAUCUGUUGCCUUUAAUUUCAAGAUGAGAUUGCAGAUUGCUUUUGUUACCACUA